AUGGCACUUGACAGUGAAGCAUCUUUCAAGUCACGUUGCGCGGCAUGUGGGUUGCCAGAAGUGGCAAUCGAGGAAAUGCACGCGGGAGGGAUCACUACAUUUGCCGGAUUGGCGUUCUGUACGCCUCACCAGGCUAAUGCGGGAAUUGACGAUGCAGCUCUCAUGACGCAUGUCAACGGGCUCCUCACCACACCAUUGACACCGUCGGGUGUGGCUAGUUUGCGGCGGCUGGCAUUUGAGGCACAAGCGCUGGCACUGCAAGAUCUCAAGACGAAGCUCGAAAGACCAUCAGACACCGACACUAAAGUGCUCCCGCUCCAGGAGAAAGUUGCGCGUCUCGCGCGGCAGCGAGAGCGGCUCAAUGGUAUUGUACUCACACCGCAUAAUACCCCUAGCCAUGCCCUGGUCGAUCGUGCAUGUGCACAACUGGAGGAAGGCGUCCUUCAAUGGUUGCACCCUAGCAAAUGCACAUCUAGGCAUGCGGAAGCCUUGGCAGAAAAACCCAAGGCGUCAUUAUCCUUUGACUCACAUGGCUCGAUCAAAGUCACCAGCGCCUCCCACGAGAAGGAUUGCGAUACUGGGUCGGCCCAUUUGCUUCGAGUUGCCCUUCAGCGGAGGGCCCUCGCCUAUGACGUGGCCAACAUCAUCACCUUUGACGUCAUGGAGCGUUGGCACCAGUCCCUCUUUGAUCGACUCCACUAUGAGCCCCCGCCGAACUACUCGGCACCGGGCUUGGCACAACUUAUCGCAGCCGACAAGGCAUUGUGGCUCCUGGUUUCCGAGGACACCCGGGCGAAGCUCACCGAGAUGGAUCCCGACUCGCCCCACAGUCGGAUUUGCGACUCCUACAUGAACUACUACUCCGACCACCCGGAUGUCCUCUUUCACCUCAUGAUCACAAUCCCACCUCGGACCGACCCCCUCGCCGAGCUCGCGGAGGAGGUCGACGGCAAAACACUCGUCCUGUGCAACAAGACCACGCCAAGACUAAGGAUUGCCGUCACUCCGAGUGACUAUCCACGGGACUUUUCCAGUGCCAGCCUUCGCAAGCUCUUUGAUCUCUUGCCGCUUGAACCGCCGGCUAGGGGCGUCGGAGUCGGGCUUUCAGGUUCCUUCACCACCGGUGCCUACGUCUACUCCAACGAGGUUGGCCUUCGUCGGAAUUUGACUGGGUUCCCCUUGACUUCUUCGCUCUUGGCUGCACACGUACGGCGCAUUUCUCCAUCCUUCCCUUUUACUACGGUGGCUCUUUUCCACAAUCUUAAAACACCAUGCCACCAGGACAACAACAAUUUUCCCGGAUCCUUCAACCUCGUGGUGCCGUUGACCAAAUUUCAGCACGGUGAGAUUUGGUGCGAAGACCCUUCGGGCACUGUUCCUCAGGACUUUCAAGGCGAUCCACGUCAUGGUGUGCUUUUGGAUGUGGCCUCUGGUCCCGUCCUUCUACCGGCUGCCUCCUGUCUGCAUGCCACGUGUGAUUGGACUGGUGAUCGCUUGGUGUUGGUGGCUUUCUCCGUUGGUCCAGCUUUGCAACUCCCACCUGACUAUGCUCGAGCCUUGAACGCGUCCGGCUUCACUCUGGCCCAAUCACCCGACGACUUGACCUCGCCUGUGCCUCUUCGUCCUCUGUCAUCGACUUCCGUUCGUCCUCUCAUGGUGGAGAUUUGUUCUGGGUCUGGUGUGAUGGCUGCCGCAUUUCGUGAUCUGGGCUUCCUUACGCUGGCCAUCGACAAGCCUGGUAACCCUCAUCGUCUUCGUCAUUCCUAUGUUCCUUUGGAUCUCUCCCGCCAGGAUCAGCAACAGCUUCUCUUCUCGGCGCUGGAUGACGCUGCUCUUAUUGGGGUGCUUCACUUGGGGGUGCCAUGCGGCACGUGCAGCAGGGCGCGUGAGCGCGCUCUUCCUCGUCGUCUUCAAGGUCGCUUUAGAGCUCCACCUCCACUUCGUGAUGCGCGGCACCCAUUGGGCAAACCUGGACUUCGUGGACUUGACCGAGACCGUGUUCAAACCGCCAACGAGAUCUACAAGCUCACCAUUCGCCUCGUGCUGUGGGCCUUCCAUCAUGAUGUUCCGGUGGUCAUUGAGAACCCUUCGCGCAGCUGGCUCUGGCCAGCUCUUGAGGCGCUAGUACGCCUCAUGUCCAAGGACCUUGGCCCUGAUCUACGGCGCGCUUGGCAGGCAAUUUGCUUCUACGACCUCGACGCCUGCCAAUUUGGGGGGAAACGAAAGAAGCGAACUCGCCUCGCAUCUACAGUUGACCUCUCCACCUUGGCUCAGGAUUGCGAUGGCUCUCACCCGCACGCUCCUUGGUCGAUUCGAGAAGGGUCCGAUCGCCUACUCUUUGACACCGCAGAGGAGGCCCAGUACCCAGACGGCUUGUGUCGAGCCAUGGCCCAGGUGUUCGACACGCGGCUUCGGAACAUGGGACUCUCUUCUUGGACCCCACCCUCCCACCCCCCCUUCGGGGCCGGUGCCGCUACGGGUUCAACACCUCUGAUUCCCCAGUUUCGCGAGGUGCUCUGGGCCUCCGCCCUCCCCGAGGGCGACCAGUACAAGUUGCUGGCCUUUGGUCACGGGGGAGAAUCACAAGGCCUAGACAAGGACAAAGUGGAUCAGAUCAGGUACGGGGUCAGAUGGACCCCAGCGGAGUUUCUCCAACAGGCCAAAAACACAGAGCACCCCAUGAAUCCGGAGAGGUCUCUGAGUGGUCUGCUCAGGGAGACGCUGUUCCACAACCUCACGAUGGACCCCUUGGUCCUGGCUAAGUCCAGAAUUCAGGCAAUCAUCACGAUCAAGCAGAUGGCGCAGGAGCUUGAGGAGAAGGAGGCCAAGUUCAAGUCAACGCUUGACCCUAUGGUCGCCAAGGUCCUCAAGCCGAAGAGGCUCCUGCUGUGGAAGGCUCUUCUUCUGGCCGCGGACUACGACGACCUGGACAUUGUUGACCUCGUCGCCAAGGGCAUCCCGCUGACAGGGUCGCAUGGAGCAGUCCCAGCGCUGCCCGAGAAGCUGGUCCCGGCAACAGACACUCACGAAUCGCUUCUAGCUUCUUCGAUCCUGAGGAGGAAAGCAAUCAUCUCCAGAAAGAGUGACACGCCGGAAAGCGAGCAGGCUGAUCUCAAACAGGCAUCUGACCUAGAGGUGCAGAGGGGAGAGGUCGAGGGCCCCUUCUCUGAGAAGGAGAUCACAGAUCAUUUUGGGUCGGAAAACUGGCUCCUGAAUCCCAGAUUCGCACUGUACCAAGGGUCUCACAUGAAGCUUCGUGUGAUCGAUGACGCUAAGCAAUCCGGAUUGAAUGCCGCCUUCCAGCGCACUUGUGAGGCGUCUCUGAUGGAUUUGGACGCUCUAACUUGUGUCCUGGCGACCAUUGCGAAGGCCAUGGGCGAGGGAUCGUACCAAGGAUCGGAGGUGCAUCCCAGCGUCUUAGCCGGGGAUUGGCUGGGCCGCACCCUAGAUCUUACUCGUGCCUACAAGCAGUUGGCGAUCGAUGCUGAGAGUCGUAGAGUCUGUGUGCUAGGCUUCAAGAACGGGGACGACUGGAUCUAUUACAGAUGCCAUGUCCUUCCCUUCGGGGCAAGGGCGUCAGUUUUCUCCUUCUUGAGAGUCUCUAGAUCGCUCCACUUUCUGAUGGCAAAGUACUUGACGGCAUUGAACACGGUUUUCUUCGAUGAUUAUACGAUGCUGACUACAAGCCUCGGGGCCCCCAUCCUGCUCAGCUCGGCUUCUUGCUUGUUGAGUCUACUAGGUUGGGCCCACGCGCAGGAGGGUGAGAAGGCACCAGGGUUCGCAUCCACCUUCGUUGCUCUCGGAGUGCAGAUCUCUUUGCAGGACAUAGGCCGAGGAACGUUCACUGUUCAGAACAAACCGGGCAGGGUUGACAAGCUGGUCGCUAUGAUUGAGGAAGCGGCUACGAACCCAAGGUCCGGCUUCUUCUACAACAAGGGCCUCAGGUUCCUCGCGAAGGCCCUCAACAAAGCCGCGGACAAUCCUGGUUCGCAGAUGUUUCGCGGGCUCUGUAGGGUAGCCGUUUCACUUUUGAGGGCGACUCCCCCCAGGACCUUCGACAUGGGCAUUCAGGGCCCCCCACUCCUCGUAUUCACGGACGGGGCGUGGGAAUCGGGGCGGGCUGGGGCGGGGGCGGUAGUGCACUGCUGUGCCACUGGUAAGACCCUCGCUUGUACCAUCCCUGUGCCUCAAACCCUGAUCGAUUUGUGGGUCAGGGAGGCCGGCGAGCAGAUCAUCUGCCAAAUCGAGAUGUGGGCAUUCUUGGCUCUUAGGGUAGCGAUGAAACAGAAUUUCCAGUCCACUCCUGUCAUCUCCUGGAUCGAUAAUGAGGCGGCGCGAUUCGCGCUAAUGAAGGGGACUGCAGAUUCUGCUACGCUCAGGAGCAUGGCUAGAGUUAGCCAGCACUUUGAGCUUCAGAGUGCAUCGCUGAUUUGGUUCGAGAGAGUGGCGUCUUUUUCCAACCCAUCUGAUAUGCCGUCCAGGGGACACCUCGCUCAGGCUUGCAAGGACUGCGGGGCCGAGGCCUUUGAGCUUCCCGAUGUUUCGCAUCUAACGGCGAUGCUUCUCAGGCUCUCCAGAGAGCCGUGGGCUGAGCUCUGA